AUGUCCUCAACAACGAAAUACCAACCUGCGCCGCAGCGGGAUUCCUUGGACACCGCGAUGUAUUCCCAAGCCCCGCCAUCGUACGCCGAUGAGGCUACCGCAUCCAGCGACCAAGCUGCGCUCCUUGGUGGUGGACCAAGAAGCAGCGAAGAUAAUGUUCCUGAUGACUUCAAAUUCGGUGGAAGCGUGGCGGAGGCCACGAUCGACAUCCGUAUGGCCUUCGUUAGAAAGGUUUAUGCGAUUCUGACGGUCCAGCUUGUUGCGACAGCUGCCCUGAGUGCAAUCUCAUUCUGGAGCGACUCGUACAGAAACUGGAUUCAAACCAACCAGUGGAUGAUGUGGGGUUCGCUAUUUGGUGCUAUCGGUUUUAUGCUGCUCACCUACUGGAAACGCAAGUCCUAUCCUACGAACCUACUUUUCCUAGCAGGAUUUACUGGCCUCGAAGCAUACUCCAUCUCCGUUAUUACAUCGUUCUACGAAUCUAAGAUUGUACUCCAAGCCGUAGUCCUCACAGCUGGAAUUUUCAUCGCUCUCACACUAUUCGCAUGCCAAACGAAGUACGAUUUUACCUCAUGGAUGCCAUACUUGUUCGGAGGAUUGUGGGCUUUGAUUCUAUUUGGCUUCAUGGCUGCCUUCUUCCCACACAACAGCACAGUCGAGCUUGCAUAUUCUGGAAUCGCGGCUUUGAUAUUCUCUGCAUACAUCUUGGUUGACACCCAACUGAUUAUGCGACACUAUCAUGUUGAAGAAGAAAUUGCCGCUGCGAUCAGUCUUUACCUGGACAUCAUCAAUCUCUUCCUUGCUAUUCUGAGAAUCCUCAACCAACAAAACAACUAA